UGUCUCAACACAGCGCUAAUAGCAUGUUUAACAACUUUGGGGACAUUACAGAUUCUCAGUUAGCGGCUGUUAUGGAUGUUGUAUUACCACCAUUGCCCUAUUCACAAACAGAAGAUAUUUUAGGACUAACAGCUAGAGACCUAAACAUUCUUGACUGUGCAACUCUAAAAGAGCCCGACAUUGAGAUCAUUGCGCAUAAUGUUGAGAGCCGUGCAACACACAAAAAACCAUCACAGACUGAAAAAAGGGGGAAAACAUUUCGUAAAAAAAUCAAGGCAAAUAACGCAUCAGAAAAGGAGAAUAUUCCCCCUGUAGAGCGUGUUUUGAUGCCUUCAGCCCCACGUAAAGUAACCCAAGCUGAAAUACACAAUAGAACAACUAAAACAUCUAAGAGAAGUAAAACAGGCCAGAUAUCUGAUACAAAAGAAAGAAGAGCAACCAAAAACAUCACAAAUCCUGUUGUUCCUGGACUCCACAAAACAGAAGUCGUUAAAUCAAAGCCAUUACUAAAAAAUGAUUUUAAUGGAUCAAUAAGGACCUUGCCAUUGUCUCCAGUUUCUAAUCUUGAUGAAUCUACAUCACAAGCUGUCAAGGGUGGUGAGUCAGCAUGUAUAAUACCAAGUAAUGUUAUCAGGUAUGUUCCAAAGCAGUCUGUUAUACAGAGCACACCUUUAGCUGGUAGGGGUGUAAGUAAUGUGAAGAGGCAACUCACAUAUGAAAAUACCCCACCUGCUAAACAAAAACGCGUCGCAGAAACACAAACAGAAAACAGUUUAGAUGUUGCGUUACCAGCAGAAGGCCUGUAUACUCACAUUUUACAUUUUACAGGUCUUAGAACUUGGAGUAAAAAAGUACAGAGUGCAUUGAGUCAUAUGGGGAGUCUAAACCACAGAUGGCUUAACAUGGUUAAUUUUUUAGGGCACCUUAACAGACAGGCCAUGGCAUUAGGUAGUACGGCGCCUGAAGAGUCUAAGGGUGCAGAGAUAAUAGCUGUUUCUGAAAAGUACACAAAAUUAAGUAAGGUUCUUAAGGCUUUUGAAAAAGAAAUAGGUGAAACAGCAUGACUAAAAAUGGUUGGUGGUGGUAGGUUAGAAAAAUUUCCCAAACUGUCUGUGAACAGAACUAAAACUAUCAAUCGGGCUGUUAAAAUGUUAAUAAGUGCCAGGGCUUCUUUGAAGGCUAGGGCACAUAGACGUCUUUGUUGUAACAAUGCAAAUCUGCAUGCUACAACAUCGACUUCUUUACCCAUUCAAUCAGGGGUCCUCAAAACACAUGACACACCACACAAAUCUGAUAGGUUACAAAUACAGGCCACGCAACAGAAUAGUGGGCGCAGUAAUGUACAGGACAGUGACCAAAGACUGUGUUUGGAAGCUGUUAAUGCUGAUCAUGAUCAAAAUACUGGUGUAUAUUUAGAUGCUAUUUACCAUCAACAGAGAGACCUAGCCAACUUUAACGGUGUUAUGUAUAUUGACCAUUUUAGAUUUAUAAACUUAGACAGAAUACACUCAUUUGUGGAUGCUGUUAAUGCUGUGCAUUCCAGUAUUCAAAAUUUACUGAACAGAACCUUACCAGACAUAGCACCAGGAGAUUUUGUACAGUUGCGUCUUGAGGGUGGGAAUGCUUUUGACCCUGUAUAUUCCACAAAACAGUCUAGUGAAGCUUUUAAUGCUGACACUUUUUUGAAUUGCAUUGCGAAUGCUUUACAGAGUAAUGCAGAAUGUCUUGCUGGCAAUUCUCUAAAACUUGUGGUAGUUGUGAUCAGGAAUAGGCGCGGUGGUGUGAAAAAACGGUUGCGUGCAAUCCCUUACAGCAAAAUUAUCAGUGGUAAAAAGCAAUGGUUGUAUGAUUUUAACAAUUAUACUACAAAUCUGUGUCUGGCAGCCAGUCUAUACGCCUUGAUGGAUAAUGAUGAUGUCGGUGAUGCCGUUUUACUAGAACGUGCCAAACAGUUACACAGGGUUCUAGACAUACCAGAGGAUCAGCUAGUGUCUUUUAAUGACAUUGCGGAGUUUGAAAAUUACUUAAACGUUAACAUUAAAAUUCUGUAUUUCAGUCAGGGGCGCUGGCAGUUUUAUCAUACAGGGGCGGCAUCCAGAGAAAAGAUUUUAUUUGUUUUACACCAUGAAAACCAUUAUUAUGGUAUUAAAAAUGUGAAAAGUUUUAUUGGUGAGUCAUACUUUUGUGAGAGAUGCAAUUCUGUGUAUCACCACAAGAAUAAUCAUGGCUGUCAGCAGUUUUGUAAAGCAUGUCAUAGAAUGGAUUGUAGGGAUGAAAUAGGUAUUCAGCCUAGGUGUUUUAACUGUCGUGUGUUUUGUCGUUCAAAAGACUGUUUGGAAUUGCAUAGACAGCUGGCUCUUGAUGACGAGAGCAUUUGUAGACUUAAAACGUUUUGUGACUCCUGCUACCGAUAUGUGUGUAAUGGGGAUGAGCAUAAAUGUGGUGGGCUGCGCUGCAGUGUGUGUGGUGUGCGUGUUGGGAAAUUUGACACACACAUUUGUUACAUGCAAAAGUGCAAAGCACAAAAAAGGUGUGAAAAAUACAUUAUCUAUGAUUUUGAAUGCAUGCAGGAGACAGGCACACACAUUCCAAAUUACAUCUAUGCCGCAAACUUGCACGGUUCCCCCGCUUGGGAGUUUGAAGGUAACGACUGUGUGCAAAAAUUUGUCCAGUUUUUUACUAGUGGCGUAUUUGACCAUUACACAUUCAUUGCACACAAUGCAGGGAGGUACGAUUCGUAUUUUAUUGUUCAAGAACUGAUCAGGGAAAAACUCCAAAUACAAAUAAUAAAUCAAGGGGGUAAACUGUUGUGCGUAACACUACCUGAUUUGAAAAUGCGGUUCAUAGACUCUUUAAACUUCCUGCCCAUGAAGCUCAGUAAAUUACCAGAAGCUAUGGGCUUUUCAGGGUCCAAAGGUUAUUUUCCACAUUUUUUUAACACAGAGCAAAAUCAAAACUAUAUUGGGCCCAUGCCAAGCAUCAAAUUUUAUGGUACAGAUUACAUGAUGCCUGGUGAGAAAAAUGAAUUCAUGACAUGGUACACAGAACACAAAGAUGACACAUUUAAUUUUCAGAAAGAACUAAAAGCAUAUUGCAAACAGGAUGUGGAGGUUUUAAGAAAGGCCUGUGAGUGUUACAGAGACAGGAUCAUGGCAAUGACAAAAAAGAAACGUACAUAUUACUGUAAGCGUAAAAAGAGGCGUGUUGUAGUCCGUAGAUCUAUUGAUCCUUUUCAACUUGUUACACUGGCGUCUGUCUGCAUGGCUAUGUACAGAUUUAAAUUCAUACCAUUAAACACUAUAGCCAUUGUACCAGGAGACAAUUACCACAAGACACAAAAACGUUUUUCUACACCGGCUAUCCAGUGGCUUUUGUAUGUAGCACAUACAGAAAAUAUUCCUAUACAGCAUGCAUUAAGGGGUGGUGAAAGGAGGGUUGGAAGGUACUUUUUGGACGGCUAUGCUUUUGUUGAUGGUAAGCACGUUGCUUUUGAAUUUCAGGGCUGUUUUUAUCAUGGUUGUCCUGUUUGCUACAAUGAGGCUGACUCCAAUGAUGUAACAAAUUCAACAUACGGACAAUUAUACUACACAUUUUUGGUUAAAAAAAGAUAUCUGCAAGAAUGUGGCUUUAUAAUUCGUUUGAUGUGGGAGCAUGAAUGGCAUGAAAUGCUUGAAAAGGAUGAACAGCUUAAAGAAUUUAUCCAUAAAAUGCAGUUUCCAAUACCCCUGGAUCCCCGUGAUGCGCUUUAUGGCGGUAGAACAAACGCUAUCAAACUGUAUCACAAAGUAGAGGAUGGUGAAAACAUAAAUUAUUAUGAUUUCACUAGCCUUUACCCCUUUGUUAAUAAAACCAAGACCUAUCCAGUUGGGCACCCAAAAAUAAUUUACGAAAAUUUUGGUUACAUCAAAAAAUACUUUGGUCUUGCUAAGGUCAAAGUAUACCCACCAAGGGAUUUGUUUUUUCCAGUCUUACCUAUGAAACUGAACAAAAAACUCAUGUUCCCUCUCUGUUACACAUGUGCUUUGAAUUGUCAGGCAGAACUAUGCACACACUCUGAUGAGCAGCGCUCUCUGACUGGUACGUGGACGACUAUGGAACUAGAGGUAGCUAUAGAAAAGGGUUACAGAAUAACACAAAUCUAUGAGAUCUGGCAUUUUGACAAUUCCAGCAAUGACUUGUUUACACAAUACAUUAAUCUACACCUCAGGGACAAACAAGAAGCAUCAGGUUAUCCAAACUGGUGUACUGAUGCGGCCAAGAAAAAACAAUACAUUGCCG